UGCCCAGUCGCGGAAGAGCAGCUGUUUUGGCGUCCGUUUGCUGCGGGAGGAACAUGGCGGAUCGGCUCACGCAGCUUCAAGACGCUGUGAAUUCGCUUGCGGAUCAGUUUUGUAAUGCCAUUGGAGUAUUGCAGCAAUGUGGUCCUCCUGCCUCUUUCAGUAAUAUUCAGACAGCAAUUAACAAAGACCAGCCAGCUAACCCUACAGAAGAGUAUGCCCAGCUUUUUGCAGCAUUGAUUGCACGAACAGCAAAAGACAUUGAUGUUUUGAUAGAUUCCUUACCCAGUGAAGAAUCUACAGCUGCUUUACAGGCUGCUAGCUUGUAUAAGCUAGAAGAAGAAAACCAUGAAGCUGCUACAUGUCUGGAGGAUGUUGUUUAUCGAGGAGACAUGCUUCUGGAAAAGAUACAAAGUGCACUUGCUGAUAUUGCACAGUCACAGCUGAAGACAAGAAGUGGUGAAGUCUCUGUCACCCAAGCUGAAGUACAGUUCUGUGAUCAUGGCUCACUGCAGCUUCAACCUGGGUUCAGGUGAUCCUCCCACUUCAGCCUCUUCAGUAACUGGGACUACAGUUCUAGGGGCACCACCAUCAGUUAACCCUAAAGAUUUCUGUGGGUGAAACCAUUUUGAUUACCAUCUUGCUCUGUUGCCAGUUAUGGUAACCAAACUCUCUUUGUUUCUGGAUGCUAAAUCUUUCCAGUUGUGCCUUAACUACUUCCUAACUCCCGUCAUCUCCACUGAAUUUAAGGAGCCAAUUUCUUUUUUUGAGAUGGAGUUUCACUCUUGUCCAGGCUGGAGCGCAAUGGCACGAUCUUGGCUCACCGCAAUCUCCGCUUCCUGGGUUCAAGCGAUUCUCCUGCCUCAGCCUCCUGAAUAGCUGAGAUUACAGGCAUGCACCACCAUGCCUGGCUAAUUUUGUAUUUUUAGUAGAGACGGGGUUUCUCCAUGUUGGUCGGGCUGGUCUCAAACUCCCAACCUCAGGUGAUCCACCCACCUCGGCCUCCCAAAGUACUGGGAUUACAGGCAUGAGCCACUGCGCCCGGCCAGGAGCCAGUUUCAAUGGGAGUAUCCUUUACUAUCAUUCCUGACCUGUGAUAAUAGCCAUUAGAGCCUUUCAAGAAUAGUACACCCUGCCAAUGAUUUUUUUUAAUGAUUUUUUUUUUAAAGCCUUAAUGAAGAGAGUGUCCUCUGGAUCCUUCCAGAGAAGAUAGGAUGUGAGUAAGUAAGUUAUGUAUAAUAAUUUCACCCCAAAAUUUCUAUGUCCUUGAUACCAUUCCCUGUAUACCAAGGAAGGAUAUUCUGGCAUUUAACUUUGAUUUAAUGUAAGUAAACCCUGUGUCUAGGCAUUAGUUAACCAAGUGACUACAUGUGAUAAGUAACUUUUACCAUAGACUGUCAAUUACCUUGGCAAUGGAAACAUUAUUGCCUUUUAAUCCAGUCAGGUCAGAGAACAAAUUCCAGAUUUCCAUUCUUAAGAUUCUGUGUCUCCGCUACCACUUCUGGUAGCAAAACAUGUCAGUGUGAGGUAGACUCAAUGGAAUGUAGCUAUGAAAAAAAAUGCUACUACAAACAUUACAGCAAUAAGGAAUUUGAUCAAGGAAUUAGCAUUUACACAAAAUAUGGGAGGAGUUAGGGAAGUGAAAGAAUGAAAGGAGAAAGAGGAUUAAAAAAAUGACUAACCAUGUCACCCUAAAGCCUUGACUGCUAAAUGAGGUUAUUGUAGUGCCAGUUAAGUCCAGGUCAGCCAAGGCCUGUGUACCCCUUAGCCCCACUUGGAAAGCUGUGUGGAUAUGACUGUUGGAUUCGGGGGUUCUCAAAGCCAAAAUGGAUUUAUCAGCAAUGACCUUACUGCCUGGUACCCGGCUUUGAGAGGACCAAAAACGACUGAUGUGUCUUGCAUUCCCUUGUCCGUCUUCUUUUACCCAUAUGUAAGUUGUUUAAAGGAGAAAAAUCCUUAGGUUGAAGCCAUAUUCUCUCUAUUCUUGAACGACCACAGACUCGACGCCCCUGUUGAAAUUUUCUGGAAGCCUGUGGGAAAGGAGGAAUGAAAAGCUUCGUGAUUUCUUUGAAUACAGGUGCCUAAGUUACUAUCAUAACUGGUCCAGUAAGGAGAAGGGGCACCUGAAUUCAACUUGGGGACUGGGCAAGGUAACCAGUGAAGUGGGGAGAUAAAUAUAACUUGGUAGCUAAGACCCUUCAGGUUGGCUUGAUGAUGCAUUGUGAUCAUGGCUUCUGCCUCAGAUAUGUUGCUGGAAUAGAUAUCCUUAUACUUGUAAUUCCCCUAUACACAAAUGCCAGCAAGAAUAGUCCCAUUGAGGACAUGCUUAAUGUAGAGAGGUAGUAGUAUGACAUGUAAAACACUCCCCAACUUGUCUCCCUAUCUCCUGCUUAUGUGGUACCUGGCCACUGACUACAGUAUUAACCUUUACUUGAGCCCUGUGCUUCUGGAAAACAGUGACAGUUAAGAAAUCCCUCCUUCUUGUUACAUUUCAGGAAAUGGCUUAUUGCAAAGAACCACUAGAACUGUGAAUAACACCUUCAUUUACCUAUGAUAAAGCCAGACUCAGACCCUCCAAAUCCCAUUCUUUGCCUCAAAAUAAUUAGUUGAACUGUUUGUCCCCAUAGACUAAUCUGGACAAAAUGCCCUUUAACUUGACCCAAUUUUAUGCUUCUCCCUUCCCCAUAAGCCACUGGACUUUGAUCCACCCUCAGCCUGAGCCAGCACUGGACUGUGGAAUAGUCCCUCCUUAACCACCCCUCCUGAAAAUUGACUAGCCACCAGGAAGGACAUUCCCUGCUCACCUGUCCCAUUAACGUCACCUGCUCCUCUCUUCCACAUUAGUUUUUUUCUAGCCUGUUUAUUCCUCCUUGUAAGAGAAAAAGAGAAAAGCCUGCUUCCAUCUGAUCUUUGAGAUGCUUGCAGAUCUUAACCUUUGAAGCAUUCUCCUUAUUGCAAUAGUCUCCCUGAUACUAUCGCAAUAGUUCCUCUCUCCUUGUUUGUAUUCAUCCAUUCGGGCUGCUAUAUAUAGCAAAAUACCAUGAGUCGAUAGCUUAUAGACAAUAUAAAUUUACUUCCCACAGUUCUGAAGCCCGGGAAAUCAAAGAUCAAAGCGCUGGCAGGUCUGGUGUCUGGUGGGGCACCUUCUCACUGUCCUCACAUGGUAGAAGAAGCAAGGGAAACUCUUGGGCCUCUUUAGACGUACUAAUCCCACUCAUGAGGCCUUCACCUUCUUGACCUAGUCGCUUUUCAAAGGCUCAACCCAUCAUCAUUCGUAUGUUAGGAUUUCAACAUACAAAUUUGUGGGGUUGGGAGGGACACAAGCAUUCAGAGCAUAGCACUAUUUUAAUAACCAUUUCAAAUAGAGUCAUUCUGUACCUAGUCUGGAUUUUUGUUUGUUUUACUUGACCUCAUUCACUUGGGUAGGAAAAAAAUCUCAUGUACUCUCACUGAUACCCCUAGGGGUAAGGCUGGGGCAAAGAGAGCAGAGGCACUCAUUUAUUGUGAGGUAAGAAAUCUGUUUCAGAUCACCUUGUGUGCAAUUCAGGAUAAAAUUAAUAAAGAUGAAUAGUAAAAAUCCAAUACUAGGAGAUAUAACUCAGGAGUCAAAAGAAGAAAUCAGAAAAAUCAGAGCAUAAUUCAGAAUGUAAUGAAAACAAACUAUACAUAGAAACUUGUAUUCGGCCAAGACAGCAUGUAGGAGAAAAUGCAAGUAUUAACCUUUCUUGCUUAUAUUAGGAUGAAAAGCUGAAAACAAGCUAAGUAUCCAACUGAAAGAGAAAGAAGAAAUAACAAAGAUAACAGCAGAAAUUAAGAAAACAACCAUACCGUAGAAUAAACAAAGCCCAAAGUUGAGAUUCAAAAAGAGUAUGGCCGAAAAAAAAGAGUUUUGACUAUUGAUUGAAUGUAUUUAAAAUUUAAAUGGUCCUUUAAAUCCUUCAAACUUAAUCCUUUAAAAUUCAAAAAAAGUUUAAAUUUGGCUAAGGCGGUGACUCACACCUGUAAUCCCAGCACUCUGGGAGGCCAAGGUGGGUGGAUCACCUGAAGUCAGGUGUUCAAGACCAGCGUGGCCAACAUGGAGAAACCCCGUCUCUACUAAAAAUACAAAAAAUUAGCCAGGCGUGGUGGUGGGCGCCUGUAAUCCCAGCUACUUGGGAGGCUAAGGCAGGAGAAUCACUUCAGCCUGGGAGGCCGAGGUUGCAGUGAGCCGUGAUCGUGCCAUUGCACUCCAGCCUGGGCGACAAGGGCAGAACUCCAUCUCAAAAAAAAGUUUAAUACAUAAUUUAAUAAAUAAAUUUAAAUAGAUAAACAAGGUCCCACUCGUCUUCCAGGCAGUGCAGUGGCACAAUCACAGUUCAUUGCAGCCUUGACCUCCUGGGCUCAAGCUAUCCUCCCACCUCAGCCUCCCGAGUAGCUGGGAUGGCAGGCUUAUUCCACCAGCUAAUUUUUGUAUUUUUAGUAGAGAUGGGGUUUCGCAGUGUUGCCCAGGCUGAUCUCAAACUUCUGGGCUCAACUGAUCCACCCAUUUCGACCUCCCAAAGUGCUGGGAUUACAUGCAGGAGCCACCACACCCGAUUUGACUCAAUAGUCAAAACUUUUUUUUGGAGACAGAGUUUUGCGCUUGUCGCCCAGGGUGGAGUGCAGUGGCAUGAUCUCGGCUCACUGCAACCUCUGUCUCCCCGGGUUCAAGUGAUUCUCAUGCCUCAGUCUCCUGAGUAGCUGGGAUUACAGGCACCUGUCACUAUGCCUGCCUAAUUUUUGUAUUUUUAGUAGAGACAGGGUUUCACCAUGUUGACCAGACUAGUCUUGAACUCCUGACCUUAGGUGAUCCACCUGCCCCCGGCCUCCCGAAGUGUUGGGAUUACAGGCGUGAGCCACUGUGCCCGGCUAUCAAAACUCUUAAUUAGCCCGGUGUGGUAGUGCAUGCCUCAAGUUCCAGCUACUCAGUUGGGAGGAUCACUUGAGCCUGGGAGGUACAGGCUGCGGUGAGCCAUGAUCAUGACACCACACACCAGCCUGGUGACAGGCUUGACAGACCCUGUCUCAAACAAAACAAAAACAAAAGGCAGUAAUAAAACCUUCUAGCCACCAAGCCUAGAGAGUUUUAUUAAUGAGAAUAGUUGAGUUGUGAGUUUUGCUAAAUAUGCCAUGUUUCUUUGAAUUCCAGUUUUAUACAGAAAGUAUAAAGCUCUUGCCAAAAUUUACAGUAACAUACAAAAAUUAAAAAUAACCAAAUCUCACUGUUAAACAUGGAAAAAUGGCAAAUUAGAGACAGUGGGUAUUAACAAUUGCAUAUAUCACAAUAAAUGUAUGUUUAAUCUCAGGAAUGCAUGGCAGUUCUAUCUUUAGAAAAUUAUUUUUUGUAUUUUUAUCAAUUUAGAGAUGCCCUUUUAAGAAAACAUAUUACAAAUUGGAAUAUUCAAAGGGCAGCUGUUUUAUUUUCUUCCUUGCUGAAACAUAAAAUAAUGACGUGUUUUAAAAUUGAUAGAAUCUUUGAUUUGAUCAAAUAUGGUAAUGUAAUUUGCCAUUCUAACAGAUCAAAAUCAGAAUCAGUAUGAUCAUCUAUCUUGAUUUGCGAGAAGCAUUUGAUAAAAUUCAAAAUCCAUUUAUGAAAAAACUCUUGGCAAAGGAGAAACAGCAAAGAAUUUUUAAAAUAUAAAGGGUAUGUAAAAACUAUAGUGACCAUCUUACUGAAAGGUCAAACUUGUUCCCUUUCAGCUUGGGAAUAAGACAGAGCUUCCUAUUAAGACCACCACAUCUACUCAUCUUUGAGCUGGUGAUUCUCACCAACACAUCUAAGUAUGAAAGUAAUAAAAAUUAUAAGAUAAAAAGGAAAUAAAACUUUCAUUACUUAAAGAUGAUAUAAUUACAUAGAACAUCAAGAAGAUUCCAUGGAUAGGCUUCCCAAAAAAACAAUAUGUAACAUACCAGCAACCAAUGGUAAGAAAAACAGGUUGUUUUUUUUUUAAAAUACAUUUUCAGUGACAUUAAACAAUAAGGAUUCAGGAAUACAAUGAAUAUAACAAAAAUGUAAGAUAUCUAGGGAUGCGUAUAACAAAAAAAUUAUAAAACUUCAUUUAAAACAUUUUUAAACAAAAUAAGUAGAAAGUAAUACCAUCUUUGUGGAACAGAGUCAGUAUUGUAAAUGUGUCUAUUUUCUUCAACUCGUCCAUAGACAACACAAUUUUAACUAAGAUUCCAACUGGGAUUUCUGUGGAACUUCAUGAGUUAGGGUCAAAAGUAAUCAAGAUAUUCAUGAGGAAGGAUAACAGAAUGGCAAAACUUGCUUUAAUAAUUUGUGCAGGGACAGACAAAUACUGUACACCAGUCUCUCAAUAGGGAGAUCAAAACCAAAUUCACACAGACAUGAAAAGUUGAUUUAUGACAGAUGAUGUUGCAGUCCCUGGGGAAAGAAUGGAAAUGGUGCCAGAAUAAUUGGUUUAUAUAUGUAUUUCUAUAUAUGUAUAUGCCAUUACAUUAAAGUCAAUGCCUAUGGAGUUUGGGAGGAGUGAUCAAAAUGUUCUGGAAUUAGAUGUGAUGGUUGCACAACUCUGUGAAUAUACUAAGAACCACUGAAUUGUAUAUUUUUAAAGCAUGGUAUGUGAAUAAUAACUCAAUAAAGCUGUUGUAAAAAAUA